CACACUUCAGUCGUUGCUUUCAACUAGUUCAAGUGGUGUAAAUGUGUUUCGUGUAUUUUGUGUUGUUAAUUAAUAUUUUUAUUGUGGUUUUAAUCAUUCAGUGUUGCGCACAUGUUCACGAAACAGUGCCUUACCGUGUCGUGCUAAAGUGCAUCCAAUUAGUGAGUCCACGAUGGAGUUCCGGGUCCGAAAGCGCGAAAACUGCCGCAUCAACGAGGUGCACAAGAUUCUGAAACCGGUGGAUUUCGUUCCGAAUCGGUACGGCGAUCGCUUCAUCCCGCGCCGCUAUGCCCAAACCAGUUCGAGCCGUUUCAGGGCGGAAUGCAAAGCCGAUAGAGACACCGAUCUGAUGCGUAUGAAGGAUCGGAAGGGCUACUGGAAGUCCCACUCGUUCGCGGCGGUCUUCAACGACGUGUUCCAGCUGCGCCCGGACGUGGACAAGAUCCUGAGCUUUCACGACGCCACCAAUCAACGGCGGUGCCACCAGCUGGAGAUUAGGCGCCCGCUGGAGACGGUACUGGAACCGAGCUGGAAGAACCUGCAAAAGUUGGACUGGAGCUGCUGGCCGCGGGCGAAGCCGUUGGCGUUUGUAGAGUCCGUUCAUGAUCUGCCCCGGAUUAAGAUGGAGUACACGAACAUCAUCGAUUGGUCCGCGAAGGGACAGAUUGCGGCGAUUUUCAGCAAGAAGUUGGUCAUUUGGACACCGAACACAGAGGUUACUACCGGAUUUUGUGCAUUGAACACGACGGCGGUGGCGUUCAAUCCGGCCGGGGACGUUUUGGUGGUGGCCAAGUUUACAAUUUCUUGUCCGGUUCUGCGGUUGAUGGAGAAUUUUUACCCGAAUGCGAAGGCGAAUGUAUCUAAGAUGAAGAUCUUUCACUACUUGGACACGGACAUUAGCUGUUUGGCGUGGGACUGCACCGGGCAGUAUUUGGCGUGUGGCCUCGGCAACGGCCAGAUCAUAAUCGUUCGCGUGGCCGACUUUGAGCACCUGAACCAGAACGACGAAACGCGAACGCACAACUCGCGCAUCUCGGCGCUCAAGUUCUCACCCGGCUCCAAGUAUCUGGCCUCGUCGGAUGAGUCCGGCCAUCUGUACAUCUGGGCCUGGAACAACUGCCAGCUGAGUCCGCUGACGGUUUGGAUCACCGUCCAGGACGUGGCCCUGUUCGAUUGGCACCCGUGGCGCGAAGACGAGAUCAUUAUCGCCGAUUUGGAACCCGUUACGAUCGCACUGUUUCACGUGCCCAGCCGCAACGUGCUCGCGUUCCAUCGGCGGCGCAACGCGGACUGCAUGAUUACGGCCGUCUCGUUCAACAAGGUUUCCGGCGAGCUCGUGGUUUCCUUCUCGUAUCCUAACGGCAAGGCUCCGGACAUGCUGGUGCUGGCCUCGAUGGACCGCGUGGUGGACGUAAUGGUGAGUCACGAGGACGUCGUAGGUCAUCUCUUCUGGAGCCCGGACGGUCGGCAGCUCGCAAGUGCCGGCUACGACGAAGCGCUGACCAUUUGGAAUUUCUUCGGGACUCCGCCCAGCAACCCCGGCAAGCCCGGCAGCACUAGCGGUAAGUCGCAGGCCACGGCCUCGACCGUUGCCUACCACCAGCUGCAGCACCACCAACAGCAGCAGCAGCAGCAGCAACAACAACAGCAGCAACAGCAAUCGCAGCGCAAUCGCAACAAGGUCCCGAUAGGAGUCUUCGAUUACACUUACCUCUACAAACCGAUGCGUUAGACUUUGUUGAUUAAGGAGCAUCGUAUGGGAAAAGGCAACAACAACUGCAAUGGGAUCCAUUUGCUGGCAAGGUGCUCGUCCA